GAAAAGUCUCCGCGACCAUGGAUGGCCCUAGACGCUGCAGAUUUCCAAUCAGACUCUUUACCUCCUUUUAUAAAUGAACUUUCAAUGCCCUGAGUUAGCUCAACCGACCUCGUUGUCGUCAACUUUCAUCAUCAAUGAGCUCACAGUAUUCUGCUGCAGAGAAGUCUUCUGAGAAGGAUGUCGGAGUCGUGGUUGCUGCUUUUGAAGGGGAAAGACAAAGUUCGCCUAUUGAGCCCAAAACAGAAGCCAGACUCUUGAGAAAGAUCGACUCGUUCUUGAUCCCGAUGCUGGGUGCUUUGUAUUUUGUCUGUUUUUUGGAUCGUGGAAAUAUCGGCAAUGCCAAAGUUGCCGGUAUGGCCACUGAUCUUGGCCUUGUAGGAAACGAAUAUGGUGCCGCAGUCUCAGUGGUAUACGCGACAUACGUCGUAUUCGAACCAUUCUAUGCGGUCCUGUUGAAGUUGUUGACACCCAAGAUGGUUUUAUCUGUUUCUACUGUCAUUUUUGCCGCACUUACCAUUGCCACACCUUUCUCUGGUUCCUAUGGACCUCUUAUUGCGAUUCGCGUCUUGCUCGGAUGGGCAGAAGCAGGAACUUUCCCAUGUAUCGUCACCUACCUUACAAUGACAUACCGACGGGAGGAACUAGGCAUGCGUCUUGCGUACAUGUUCACCUGUUCCGCCAUUUCGGGUGGAUUUGGUGGACUUUUGGCUUACGGAUUGACUCACAUCGAAACCUCCUCUGUGACCGGAUGGCAAUGGCUAUACAUUGUUGAAGGGCUCAUUACGAUGAGCCUGGGUCCCAUCGCGUACUUCUGGAUUCCAAACCGCAUUGAUCAAGCUUGGUUCCUGUCCGACCAUGAGAAAGAUUUGUGCGCCGUUCGUUAUGACAACAACAAGACCCACUACGACCCAGACGAGAAGUUUGAUAUUAAACAAGUAAUGCUUGCACCUUUGGACUGGAGGACUUGGGUUCACGGUACCAUCCAAUUCGGUGCCGAUGUCACUCUCUACGCCAUUUCGACAUUCAUGCCUAUCCUUAUUAGCGAUAUGGGCUACAGCUCUUACAAAGCUCAACUCCUUACUAUCCCCGUGUAUGCGGUUGGCGCCCUGUCCUUUAUCAUCCAAGCCAAACUAUCCGAUCGUACUCUAUUACGUGGACCAUUCAUCAUGGCGAAUUUCCUUGUUCAGAUAAUCGGUUAUAUCAUCCUCACGUCUACCAAGACCAUUGGCGCUCGGUAUUUUGGCGUUUUUGUUGUUGCGUUAGGUCUAUAUGUACCUACCGCGUUGAAUGUUGGAUGGACCCAAAACAACUAUGGUCCCCAUUACAAGCGCGCUGCGGGCGUCGGCUUGAUGCAAUUUGUUGGGAACUCUGCAGGGGCAGCUAUUGGCGAAAUAUUUGAUUCACGCUUGGAACCAUAUUACCACCGCUCGUACUACAUCUGCAUUGGGUUGACGGCUGUGAGCAUGAUACUUACUAGUCUUAUGAUGCUCUAUCUUCAUUUAGCUAACAAGAAGAAAGCCGCAGCCAUAGUUGCUGGAGCACCAAAUGAGCCUCAGCUUGGGGAUAAGAAUCCUCAUUUCACUUUCUUUUUGUAGUUAAAGCUACUCAGAUAGGGUUAAAGUUACUCAGAUAGGAUUUAUGCUUAGACUUUCCCCAAAGGGUAUGAUAAUUAAUUCAAG